GCCACUUCCCGAUUGGCGAGACGCCUUUGAGCGGCUCCGAACGGAGCCAAUCAAAGCGGAGUGACGCUCCUCGCAGGCGACGGGGAAGCUUUGCCGUUGUUGCUGCCGCCGCCGCCGCCAUUUUGUCCCGUUGAGGGUUGGCUGAGGAGCUGUCGCUGCCAUGGUGAAGCUCUUCAUCGGCAACCUUCCCCGGGAGGCCACCGAGCAGGAGAUCCGCUCGCUCUUUGAGCAGUAUGGGCGGGUCCUGGAAUGCGACAUCAUCAAGAACUAUGGCUUCGUGCACAUCGAGGACAAGACGGCAGCGGAGGACGCCAUCCGCAACCUGCACCACUACAAGCUGCACGGGGUCUGCAUCAACGUGGAGGCCAGCAAGAACAAGAGCAAGGCCUCCACCAAGCUGCACGUGGGCAACAUCAGCACCGGCUGCACCAACCUCGAGCUGCGGUUCAAGUUUGAGGAGUAUGGGCCUGUCCUCGAGUGCGACAUUGUGAAGGAUUAUGCCUUUGUGCACAUGGAGCGAGCGGAGGAUGCCGUCGAGGCCAUUCGGGGCCUUGACAACACAGAAUUCCAAGGCAAACGAAUGCGCGUGCAGUUGUCCACCAGCCGGCUCAGGACCGCGCCCGGGAUGGGAGACAAGAGUGGCUGCUACCGGUGUGGGAAGGAGGGUCACUGGUCUAAAGAGUGCCCGGUCGAUCGCACGGGGCAAGUGCCCGAGUUGACCGAAACCUAUAGCGAGCAAUACGGAGUGGUGCGCACCCCCUACCCUACGGGCUAUGGGGACCCCGUGUAUUACGAUGACCCUUACGGAAUGGUGGAUUACUAUAAACGGUACCGCGCGAGGUCGGCCGCGGCGUACGGGGCUUCUGCAUACGACGCUUAUGCAGAGCAAACCAUGGCCCAGUAUUCCCAGUAUGCCCAGUAUUCGCAAGCCACGGCUAUGGCCAGCCGCCUCACUACCGCCUUAGACCCCUACGAGAGGGCCUUGCUUCCAGCCUCGGGAACUGCGGUGGCAGUUGCUGCCGCCGCCGCUGCGGCCGCGACCUCUUCCUUUUACACCCGGGAUAGAAGCCCUCUGCGUCGCUCGGCCGCCGUGGCUUCCACCACCGGAGACGUGUACGGAUACGAGCGGGUUCAGCUAUCUCCCGUCCCGCGAUCCUCCCUCUACGAUGUCCAGCGGUUCGGGCGGGAUGCAGGCGCGGACAGGUUGCGGUACUCCGCGUUUUGAGUCUGGAGGGAAGCUAUUUGAGGGCUGGACGUCGGGUUCCUGUGGUACACGCCCGCGGCAAAUACUGUGCCAGGCUUCACGAUGUGUGUCGAUUUGUGUUUAGCAUGGCCUCACUUAGUGGACAUUUUGUGCGUCUUUGAAACUUAGUGACAGCUAACUUCAUUUUUUAAAUAAAAAUCUUUCCCGGGAAUUGCUUUCGGGGGUCGGAAAGAGGGGCGAGGGCUGGCAAAGGAAUUUGACCUCAGUGGGUCUCACACCCUCCCCUUUGGAGAAGCCCUGGUCGUUACUUUGUGGAUUUCUAUUGAGAUCUAGGCACAAGCAGAGAGAGAGAGGCACACGGAGGCAAGGAUCCUGUUUUGAGCCACUGCCUUUUCCCUCAACUCAGCCAGAGGUUUCCCCUUCCUCCUGAGCCAGCUGAAUUUUGGAAUUAAAUACAAGUAUUUCCUUUUUCUUUACCUACAAGAAGUCACCCAUGUACAAACUUGAGUUUUGGCCCUUCCUGUGGCAUCCUACCCUUCAUAUAUUGAUAUUAACCUGUGAUUCUUUUUGUUCACUGAACACUCUUCACCUUUCCCCCCACCCACCCCACCUUCAAGAAAAUAAAACAUUUGUAACAGCC